AUGUAAGUUUUAUCUCUAUAGAAGCUUGUGUUUUCUGCACAAUAAAUGGCUUAGAAAGAACAUUUUGCUGGUAAGUGGGAUGUCCUAGUAGACAUUUUUUAUAAAUGUCUUCAAUUAUACAAAUAUAAUAGAACUGCUUUAAUAACUGAAAGUAAACCAACAUUUAAUAUAGAGUUUUAUCCGUCCAUAAAAAAUGA